AAAAUAAGAUUGGGUGGCAUAAUUUAUAGUGUAUCAAUCAGUAGUUGUGGACUUUAACAGAAAUUGACUCAUGUGCAUCAAAACGACUUGACUUUGUUUUGUGAACAAGUAUACUAGAAUCAUUCAUAUCUGCACACCAAUUCUGCUCAUUCCUGAUUGACAUGGCUGAAGCAUUUCUUUUUGAUGUUGCUGAUUCACUACUAGGGAAGCUUGCUUCAUAUGCUUAUGAAGAAGCUUCGCGAGCCUAUGGUGUGUAUGACGAUCUGCAAGGGUUCAAAGACACUUUGUCAAUUGUCAAAGGAGUGCUAUUGGAUGCUGAGCAGAAGAAGGACCAGAACCAUGGGUUACGUGCAUGGCUGAGGCAGAUUCAAAACAUAUGCUCUCAUGCUGAAGAUAUAUUGGAGGGAUUUGAGUUCCGAAGCAAGCAAAAGCAAGUUGUCAAAGCUUCUGCCAGCACCAGGGUGAAGGUAGACAUGUCUGCUAGUUACUGCGGUGCUAGAGAGUGUUCCAGAACCCGGUGACAAAGGUAUGUCUGCUAGUUACUACGGAGCUAGAAAAUGUCCAUAAACCGGGGUAGUUCUGGAAGUCCGAUAGACUUUAUUUGGAGGUUAACUGUUCUGUGUGAACGCGGUGAUACCGCUAAGGUUAACAAUUGGUACCACAUGCAUGUGCAUUAGAGUCACACAUUGAGUCUCGCGUUUUUGAGUGGUCCUAUGUGAUGGAAGAGAUAUAAGAACUGUGAUAGUUGUUGUCGGUGAAUAUCUGUGAAUGAUGUUGUUAGUAAAAGUUUGGAUGACGUUUACUUUGUUAAAGAUAUUUUAUUGUGGAACAAAGUUGCUAAGUAGAACUGUCUUUGGAAAUAAUGAGCAACGAAAGUAUUAUUGUGAAGAGAAAGUUUUUAUAAUGUAAACUUCUGUAUUGUUCUUUCAUUACCUGUUAUUAUGCUUAAUUAUAUGAUGAAGUUCUCACCCUUCUGUUGGAAUGAUGUUCUAUGCGACAUCGUACAGGUACAGGUGCUAGUGGAGCAUCUCAUGAGAAGUAGACAGAGAGCUAUAUACUGUUAUUUAGAUAGUGUUAUCUAGUAGUAUGAGGGUCAAUUGCUCUGUAUGUAACAUUGGGGGACGUGGUUUAAUAAAUUAUUUUGAUGAGAGUAAUUGACAACUCUUUUUGGUUCUUUCUUUUGUAAACUUGAGUUACAUGGAGUUGACGUUUUGGAUGGCCAUAAUGCCUAUACUUCUUUUACUGAAUUUUUUUUUUAUUGAAGUAUGUCUGGAAGAUGAUUUUUUUUUAUGAUUCUAUUUAUUUCCGUUGUGCAAUGCAUAAAAGAUGAAGUAUGAUUAUUUUAUGAAAUAUUUUGAUCUAAAGUUUGAGAACGUGACAUAUGUUAUUGAGGAGAUAUGUAGU